UAAUAACCAAUGUGUUGCUCAUCUAAAAAACCAAAGAGUGAAGUAUCUAAGGUUCCACAAAGUUAAAUUAAUAAUCAAAGUGUAGUUCAAAACUAAGAAUAAUCUUAAGUUUAACAACCAACCAAACCCGUUGAAGUCAGAGAGGCCAACCUUUUGGUUAGUCAAAUAGAAAGCCCAAGAUCUAAAUAACAAAAACUAUUCGAUAGCAAAGUAGAAGGAUUCAAGGAAUAAUAUGCUAAACUUCAACAUGAUUCUGCAGAAGUUCAAUACAACCAAAAACCAGCUGAUCAAUUAAAAGUUUAACUAUUGAAGGAACAAUUAAUAGAUCUGUAAUUUCCCAAUAAUGAGAUUAAAGGACCCUUGUUUCUGGAUGAUAAUAUCUCAAGUUACAAGUAAAGAGGUCCUGAAUUUGCCAACACUCUCAGAGAAUUAGAUGGAGAGAUAAGAAAUAUGAGAAUCAUACGAUAGACUCCUUACAAUUCAUAUAGUUUUAUUGGGCAUUUAAAAGACAAAGGGUUGUAUUUUAUUAAGUGCUGGAAUGGAGUGAAUUUAAACAAAUUUCACAAUUUUCUUAUUAAUCUUGGCAAAUAAUAGCAAAAAGGGGAAUAUUACAAGAAAUAUCAUGCCUAUAAGGUAGAUCCAUUAAAAGAUACUGAUUAAACUAGUCCAACUGGGUCGAUGUAUCUUAUUUCAACCCUUGAAGAUCAUAAUCUUUAUUCAUUUGCGUAAUUUAUUUUUAAAUUGAUUUAGAGCAUCAACUCAAUUCAACAUUGAUUAGAAAUUCUAAGUGGCUCAUCAAAUAUUAUCCUACUUGGAUUAAACAGAUUUGAAAGCCUCAGGUGGCAAUCAAUAAUUCUAGAAGAAAAUGAAGUUCGUAUCUCCUUCCAAUAUUUUAAUAUCAACUCAAAAAAAUAGAUUAGAUGUUAAGAUUUCAGAUUGGCAAUAAUCCCUCAAGGAGUUUAACGAAAUUGUUCCUGAUAUAGAUUUCAAAAACCAAAAUUAUUCUUUUUGUAGUGAUGAACCUGAUGAUUAACGAGCUUACUUGAUUAAAUUGUUACUUCUAUUAUUUUUUAGAUUGAACUUAAAGUAAGAUGAAUAUAAAAUAAAUUUAGUCAAAUUGAAUCAUUUGGUAAUCUUGAUGGUACUGAGCAAUUGUCCAGAUUUAUCGAUGUGAAGCAGAUUAAUGCAGACUCCAACUUUUAUAAGCAAUCAAAUUUCAAUCGAUACAUUUAGAAUAAAAUUAAUUUAAUAGCACAACCAAAUUAGGAAAGAUAUUAGAAAUUAUGGGAAGAAUUGAAAGAUAAACAUAUACAAGAAUUAUCAUUCUACAAAUUAGAAAAGAAGGAAAAUUGAUAAAAUAUAAUAAUAAUAUUAAAAGCAAUAAC